GAUUGGUGUGGUUUUCGCGUAUAAUUCAACACCGGAACGGUUUCCCAGCGUGUUCGCGACGUCAAUUGAGUCUUUAAGGUGAAGAAAGUGAUUCACUUAUCGUGUAGAAUCUAAUCGUUUAGUUGAGCUGAGACAACAUUCGUCCACAAUCGGAGAAAUUCGUCAGGACUCCUAAUAGGUGCUGAACCAGCCAAAAACCGGGAUUACACAAAGCACUACGAGAGGAGCAACGGCGGUGGUGCUACUGCAGAGAGAGAGAGAGAGAGCGUUGAGAAGGCAGGGGAGGGUGUGUGUGUGUAUGUGUGACAUGCAGCAGUAAGCAGUAGCAGCAGUAAUGAACCCAACACAGUACGGCAAGGAUCCCAGCAUCCACGAGCUGCGGCGGGAGGAGAACCCCGUGGGGCAGGCCAAUCCCUUCUCGCGAUUCACCUUCUGGUGGCUGGGGGGCCUGUUUCGAACCGGGCUACGGCGGCCGAUCGAGGAAUCCGAUAUCUACGAGCCCCUAUCCUCGCACCAGAGCGAACAGCUCACUUAUCAGUUCGAGGACCGAUGGAAGCGAGAACUGAAACGGGAUAAGCCCAGCUUUCUGGCGGUGAUUCGGGUGAUAUACGGAUGGACCAUUCUGUCGAAGGGGUUCCUCUACACGUCGGUGGAUUCCUUUUCGAGGAUCUUUCAACCGCUGUGCCUUGGAGGGUUGGUUUCGUACUUCGCGCAAGGUCAGACCAUCAUCAGUAAGGAGGAGGCGUACUGCUAUGCAGCCGGGAUCGUGCUUUGUUCGCUGCUGCCGGUGAUGAUUUUCCAUCACUACAUUCUGUACAUCUUUCAAAUCGGAAUGAAAAUACGAGUCGCAUGCUGCUCGCUGCUGUACAAAAAGGCCCUCCGAAUCACGAAGGCAGCCGGCACGGAUGGCCUCACCGGGCAGGUGAUUAAUUUGAUGUCCAACGACGUGGCCAAGUUUGACACGGCCGUCGGCUUCGUGCAGGACAUCUGGAAGGGUCCGAUCGAGCUGCUGGUGCUGGGCUUCUUCAUCUACCGGGAGAUUGGCUUCGCCGGACUGAUUGGCAUUGCAUUCCUGCUGAGUUUCAUUCCACUGCAAGCUUGGGUCGGCAAAAAGGCCGCCUCGUUCCGGCUGAAAACGGCCACCCGCACGGACCGGCGGGUGCGCUUCAUGAACGAAAUCAUCCAGGGCAUCCAGGUGAUCAAGAUGUACGCCUGGGAGUCGAGCUUCGGUCGCAUGGUGCACCAGAUCCGACGGCGGGAGAUCCGGGGCAUCCGCGGCACGCUGUUCAUACGUGCCGGGCUGCUGUCGUUCAAUCUCGUUUCCCGGCUGUCCAUCUUCCUCAGCCUGGUCGGGUACUGCUACUUUGGGCACGUAUUCACGGCCAAGAAGGUUUUCAUCGUUACGUCUUACUUCAAUCUGCUGUACAGUUCGAUGCUGCACUUUUGGCCUCUGGCGUUGACUUCCACCGCCGAAGGGUUGAUCUCGAUACGGCGCAUCCAGGAGUUUUUGCUGCUGCCGGAGCGAACGAUGGUGGAGCCGAAGGCGGCCUCGGAGGGGAAGACUAAUGGGCAAUCGCCGGCGUGUGGCGAAGAUGAGAGCGAAAUAAAACUGAUGGAGAACGUGAAAAUGGCCAACGGAGGUGACGGGGAAAAGGUUCCAAUGGCUGCGGUCGGGAAGGUUCGCAGCAAACGGUUCGUAAAUAAGAAGGGUUUCGCCCGGAGGGGGAUUUUUAUGCGAAAUGGAACCGCAUGUUGGAGCAAGAAUGCCGGUGAGGACGAGUCGAAAGUGGUAGGAAUCCAGGGCAUGACCCUCACGGUGGAAAAAGGCGAACUAUGCGCCGUAGUUGGACCAGUUGGAAGUGGCAAAUCGACACUGCUGCAGGUGAUCCUUGGCGAGCUGGAGCUGGACGAGGGCCGACUGGAGAUAAGCGGAGACCUCAGCUAUGCUUCCCAGGAGCCGUGGCUUUUCGAAGGAUCCGUCAAGAACAACAUCGUCUUUGUCGCGGACUAUAACGAGAAGCGCUACCGGGAGGUGGUGAAGGUCUGUGCCCUGGAACGGGAUUUCCAGCUACUUCCGCUCGGGGACGAAACCAUCGUCGGCGAGCGAGGCAUCAGCUUGAGCGGCGGUCAGAGGGCAAGAAUCAGCUUGGCUCGGGCAGUCUACAGGAAGGCCGAAAUCUACCUGCUGGACGAUCCACUCUCCGCCGUCGAUACCCACGUGGGAAAACACAUAUUCGAACAGUGCAUAACGGAGUACUUAAAAGACAAAGUUUGCGUGCUGGUAACGCACCAGCUCCAGUAUCUGAAGGACGUCGAGCACAUUGUGCUAAUGAACGGGGGAGUGGCGGAGGCGCAGGGUUCCUAUCGCAGUCUGGAGGCAGCCAACACCUAUCCCAUGCUGGCAACACUGGUUCACGAGCGGGAAGUCCAACAGCAGCAGGAGAAGGAACAACUGCCCCAGGUGGAGGAUUUUCUGGACAACGAGGACACCGGCGUGGCACCGGCGGCUGGGGCUGCUGAUGGAGAGCCGCUAAUCACGAACGUCACCCCCGCCGCGGUUAUGGCAGCCCGUUACCGCAAAAACUCCACGACGAGUCCCAUCGUUAUGCCACCGGCUCAUCGGAUGGCUCACUCGCACCAGUCCCUGUAUCAGCCGUCCCCAUUCUCGUCCUGCAGCAUGGUCUUCGAUGGGUUCGACGAUGGCGAAGGUGAUGGUGGGCGUCGCUUCUGGAAGCAAAAACGUCCAACUGCCACCGGACAGGUCAAUGGAAAUGGUGCUGCUGGACCACCACUGAUGACUGCCAAUGGCGAUGGUGGAGACGCUGCCACCGCUGGUGCCAAUAAAGAAUCUCAAAUUACCGGCAAGAUCGGAUUUUCCGUCUACCGGAACUACUUCAAAGCUGUGGAGAGUGGGCUUCUGUUGGGGACGGUUGCGGUGCUGUUCCUGUUGGCGCAGGUCACCAUGAGCGGUAUCGAUUACUUCAUCUCGCAGUGGGUCAACCAGGAGGAGUUCCUCAGUCGGAAUGCCACGGUCAUGGAGACCAACACCACCACCGAUGGCGGUAUCGGACCGAACAAACUGGCCGGGACCAUUUUUGCCGAGCUCACCCGAGAGCAGUAUCUGUUAAUCUACUCGGGGGCGAUGACCGUGAUGCUGUGCCUGUCGCUGAAUCGAUCCUUCUCCUUCUUCUACCUCUGCCUGAGGGCGUCCAUUCGGCUGCAUGACCAACUGUUCCGCGGCAUCACUCGGGCCACCAUGUACUUCUUCAACACGAAUCCCUCCGGAAGGAUUCUGAACCGAUUUUCGCGCGAUAUCGGUUGUAUCGACAUCUUUCUGCCGUCCGCCAUGAUGGAUUGCAUACUGUUCUUCGUGGAGUUUACUGCCAUCAUCAGUCUGGUGGCCAUCGUCAACUACUGGCUUCUGUUGCCAACGGCCGUCAUGGGAGUUCUGUUCUACGGUCUUCGCCAUAUCUACACCAACACGGCACGCAGUAUCAAGCGCGUGGAAGCGCUGACACGCAGUCCAAUUUUCUCGCACGCCAAUGCGUCCUUCCAGGGCCUGACGACGAUUCGGGCCUUCGGGGCGGAGAAAAUCCUUGCCUACGAGUUCGAUAAGCAUCAGGAUCUGAACACUUCGGCGUGGUACCUAUUUCUGGCGACAACCCGGGCUUUCGCCAUCUGGUUGGAGUUGGUGUGUGUGCUGUACAUUGCCGUGGUCACGUUCAGCUUUCUGCUGAUGGAGAACACAAUGAGCGGCAACGUCGGUCUGGCCAUUACCCAGGUGUUCAACCUGAUCUUCAUGUGCCAGUGGGGCAUGCGUCAGACGGCCGAGCUGGAGAACCAGAUGACUUCGGUCGAACGGGUGGUCGAGUACGCCGAAGUCGAAUCGGAGCCACCGCUGGAAACCGUUGACCCCCAGAAGAAACCGGCUGCCGAUUGGCCUUCGAAAGGGUCGAUCGAGUUCGAGUACUUCUCGCUGAGAUAUUCCCAGGACAGCGAUCUGGUGCUGAAGGAUCUGCAUUUGGUGAUCGAGGCGCGGGAAAAGGUCGGAAUCGUCGGGCGAACGGGAGCGGGUAAGUCGUCGAUCAUACAGGCUCUGUUCCGGUUGGCCGUUAACGAGGGGCUGAUUAAGGUGGACGAGGUGGACAUCGGUGGCUUGGGGCUGCACGAUCUUCGGAAGAAGAUUUCGAUCAUUCCGCAGGAUCCGAUUCUGUUCUCCGGUAAAGUGCGGGACAAUCUGGAUCCGUUUGGGCAGCAUGCGGACGGGGAGAUGUGGCGAUCGUUGGAGCUGGUGGAACUGAAGGACGUGGUUCAGCGGAUGGACGGAGGACUCGAUGCGAAGAUGUCGGAUGGCGGAUCAAAUUUUAGCAUGGGUCAGAGGCAGCUGGUUUGCUUGGCGAGGGCGAUCUUGAGGAACAACAAGAUCCUGAUUUUGGACGAAGCAACCGCCAACGUGGAUCCAGAGACGGACAAACUGGUCCAGCGCACAAUUCGGGACCAAUUCGGUGAGUGUACCGUGCUGACGAUUGCUCAUCGGCUGCACACGGUCAUGGAUAGCGAUCGGGUGCUGGUAAUGGAUGCCGGUCGAGCAGUGGAGUUUGGCCAUCCGCACGAACUGCUCAAACAGCCGAAGGGUUUCCUACGGAAGCUGGUCGCCCAGACGGGUGAUGCGACGGCAGCUCAGCUGGCUGCCAUAGCCGAGAAGAAUUUCAACAAGCGUCACCAGGUGAAAAGCUGAUCGGAACGCGACCUAUUAAUCCGAACAUGGUGAAUCUCUAGGACAUCUAGGACCAAAGAUUGGCAGACAGGGAAACUCAGAAACGUACUUAGAUUGUAAGGUUUGUAGGAUUUUUAAGUGACGUUCAGCAUGGAGGGAGCAUGCGAUUCUUCGUCUUUA